UGUUAAUUUUUAUUUCCCAUUCCAAUUCCACCUGUCAAAUUAAAUUUAAAUUAUUUACCCAGUCAAAUUUACUCAUAUUCUUCUGUUUCUGUUUUUUCUCCCAUUUUAGUUUUAAAUUUUUAAAUUUAAUUCUUGACCCGUUUUGAUAUUUUGAGCAUUUGAUGCCAAGAAAGAUUCAUAAGAUUUUUAUACCUUUCUCUUUCUGUUGCAAUUUGUAGGUUAUCAUUAUUAUUAUUAUUUAUUAUUAUUAGGGGUUUCACUGAAUUUUUGCUUAGGCAUGCAAAUUAAAUUGUGCAUUUAGGUUUUUGUUCUAGAGGAAUUUUCUUGGCUUAUUAAUUACUACGCAAUCAGAACGUGAGAACAUCCAAGUUAUCUUUUGUUGCAUUGGGAAUAAUUAAUUAGGUUUUGUUUACCCCUGUUUAUCAUAAAUUUUGCAUUGAAUGGAACAGCUGAUAUUGGCUGCAGAAUCUGACAUCAAAGAGGACUCUCCUUUGAGGCCAAAGCCAAAAAGUAAUGAUGCACCUGAGCCUUCUGGCAGUCCUAGAAGUAGAAUGGUCUCUGCUAGAUGGGAUCCAGGUGAGGCAUGCCGACCCAUAAUUGAUGAAGCACCCGUGUUCUAUCCUACUAAUGAGGAAUUUGAAGACACACUUGGUUACAUAGCGAAGAUACGCCCCCAAGCUGAACCCCAUGGAAUAUGCAGGAUUGUCCCUCCUGCUUGCUGGGUGCCACCUUGCCCUCUGAAGGAGAAAGAUAUAUGGGAAAAUGCUAAAUUUUCCACCCGUAUUCAGCAGAUUGAUUUGCUUCAAAACAGGGAGCCCAUGAAAAAGAAAAAAAGGGGAAGGAAACGGAAACGUAGAAAUCACUCCAAAAUGGGAACAUGCAGGAGACUGGCCAAUUCAAGUUCAGGAGCUAAUAAUGCUUCUGAACCUGAUGAGAAAUUUGGAUUCCAAUCAGGGUCAGACUUCACAUUUAAAGACUUUCAGCUGUAUGCUAAUUAUUUUAAGGAAUGCUACUUUCGGUUGAAAGAUCCUGGUGAAGAAGAAAAAUUUAGCAAUGAUAGCUACCAGAGGAGAUGGCAGCCCUCAGUGGAGGAAAUUGAAGGUGAAUAUUGGCGAAUAAUUGAGCAACCAACUGAUGAGGUUGAGGUGUAUUAUGGUGCAGACUUGGAAACUGGAUCAGUCGGAAGUGGUUUUCCCAAAUCAUCAUCCUUAACUAAGAGUGACUCGAAUCAAUAUGCCCUCUCUGGUUGGAAUCUCAAUAAUUUUGCGCGACUACCAGGUUCGGUACUUAGUUUUGAAGGAAGUGACAUCUCAGGAGUUCUUGUGCCGUGGCUAUAUGUUGGCAUGUGCUUUUCAUCAUUUUGCUGGCAUGUUGAGGAUCAUCACCUUUAUUCUCUUAAUUACCUGCACUGGGGUGACCCAAAAGUAUGGUAUGGGGUACCUGGAAACCAUGCCUCAGCUUUGGAAGACACAAUGAGGAAGCACUUACCUGAUUUAUUUGAGGAACAGCCAAAUCUACUCAAUGAUCUGGUUACACAGUUAUCUCCUUCGAUUCUUAAAUCUGAGGGUGUGCCUGUAUAUCGUACUGUCCAGCACUCUGGGGAGUUUGUUAUUACUUUUCCAAGGGCAUACCACUCUGGCUUCAAUUGCGGCUUCAACUGUGCUGAGGCAGUGAAUGUGGCUCCUGUUGAUUGGCUAAUGCAUGGCCAGAAUGCUGUUGAGCUUUAUAGCUUGCAGGGUCGUAAGACAUCCUUGUCGCAUGACAAGCUGUUAUUUGGAUCAGCACAGGAAGCUGUACAGGCCCUCGCAGAACUAGCUCUUCAUGGAGAAGAAACUCCAAAAUGUUUGAAAUGGAGAAGUGUCUGCGGGAAAGAGGGAGUUCUAACAAAGGCCAUUAAGACAAGGAUAAAGAUGGAAGAAGAGAGGCUGGGAUGUCUUCCAACACAUUUAAAGUUGCUAAAGAUGGACAAAGACUUCGAUUCUUAUGAUGAAAGAGAAUGCUUCUCUUGCUUCUAUGACUUGCAUUUAUCUGCUGUGGGAUGCGAGUGCUCUAGGGACAUAUAUUCUUGUCUUAUGCACUCAAAGUUUUUAUGCUCUUGCGCAAUGGAUAAAAAAUUUGUUCUUUUUCGUUAUACCAUAGAUGAACUAAAAUCUUUGGUUGAAGCAUUAGAAGGAGAAUCACAUGCUAUUAAGGUAUGGGCAAAUAAAAGGCUUGGAAUGGUAUCUACUGUUUCCAGUGAGGUUUGCAUGUAUGAACCAGAUAUGGAGAAAGAUAUGUACAAAGCAAAGAAUCCCAAAGAAGAGGAGACCUCGGUAAUAGGAGCCACGAAUAACUCAAAUUUAAAUAUACCUAGCAGGCCUCAUAGUCAUGUCACUUCAGAGAUAGUUCAGUCAGAGUCUCACGAUGUAACUUCUGGUGCAUCAUAUGGAAUUAUAGAAAAUCAUAAUCAUAGUAUUGAUAAAAAGUUGGCCGCAGAUAACGGACAUAAAGUGGACCAGGAAGGUUCUUUGGAUUUGAAUGUUGAAGCCGUAUCAGAUGGAAAUGAAAAUAAUUUGCUGCUUAAGAGUUUCUUAACAGAGGAAAAAUUAUGUUGCUCCGGCUCUGGAACAAAACAAGGAAACAUUGGGCUUGCUGGCGAGCAUAACCUAUCACAGUUUUGUGUUCUGCAGACAGAACUUUCAUCAUGUUCAAGGGUUGUUGCUUAUUCUGGUCCAUUUAAUGGUGGAAAAUUUGGGAUAGAUUCAAAUUCUGGAAAGCAUCCUAACUGCAUGGUUAAAAGGGAAAUCAUUGACUCGAUGAAUAGAAGUAUAUCUUUGAGUGAUGAAAGCCAUCUAAUGCAAGUGUUUGGUACUACUGUGAAGCUUAUAAGUUUGGGAUCUGUUGCUUAUGGAAAACUAUGGUGCACUAAGCAGGCAAUAUAUCCAAGAGGAUUCAAGAGUCUAGUUAGCUUCUUUAGCAUUCUUGAUCCAGCAAGAAUAUGUAGCUAUAUUUCUGAAGUUGUUGAUGCUGGAUUUCUUGGACCUCUUUUCAAGGUUACCCUGGAAGGUCAUCCAAAUGAGGUGUUCACUGAUACCACAGCAGACAAGUGCUGGGAAUCAAUUCUAAAGAGACUACAUGAUGAAAUCGUUAGGCAAAGGAGUCUAGGUGAACUAGAACUUCCUCCGAUAGAGCUUUUGAAAAGCAUUAAUGGUCAUAGAAUGUUUGGCUUCCAUUUGCCAUCUGUUGUUCAGGCCAUUGAAGCGCAAGAUCUCACUCAUCAGUGUGCAGAGUACUGGAACCACAAAGGUGCCCUCACUUCACAGGGCCGCGCGAUUAAAAAGUUCAAAGAUGGUUCAGGUAGCUCUUCAGGCAAUGGCAAUACCAAAGUUUUUGGCAUCAAUUUAAUUAAGCAGGAAGAUGAUGACAUAGGUGGAAGUUGUCAUUCCCUUGGAGAGAUGCAAUCAAUAUUACAGGGAUUGCUAAAAAGGGCAAGUGCUGAUGAGUUAAGCGCAAUGCGUAAGUUAUUCAGCUCGGAUGCUUUGUGCUCCCAGUGGAGAAUGACAUUCUUAGCCCUGAUGGAGGAGAUCAAUAAAGCUGGUAGAUAAAAGAAAAAUAAGGUUUCAGUUCUUUGACUCUUGGGAUAGUCAUUUCAAUUUAAUUGCUAGGGUAGGUCCAUUCUUUAAGAGAUCAAUUAAACUGAAGUUGCUGGGUGAAACACAUGAUAAAAUUUUGCUACUUUUGCCCACAAUCAAUGACCAGAUUAUAGACGGAUAAUGCCAUUGACCAAUUCAGGCUUUCGUUAGAAAGUAUCUUUCUUUUUUCUUUCUUUUUUUUUUUUCAUUUUUUUAAGGCUUAGAAUUUUAGCUGCUACUAGACUUAGGUCAAAUAUUUUGUCCACAUUAUCUCUCAUCAAUUCCUGUAUAUACACACAGAAAUACAAAUGCUGAUAUUACAAUAAUAAUAGUAGAGGGAAAAUGCAUGGUCACAUGUAAUGCUUCUUCAGUUA